AUGCAUCGUCUGGGGCGUGCCGCAGAGAAUGCAGGACUUUCCAGAACGUCAGAUGUCGCUGGGCGCACGAGUGAAAGCGCACUCGGUGCCGCGGAUCGAGUGGCGCGCGUGCCGAGCGCGUCAUCCGAGCCACACACACCUACUAAACCGACGAAACGCAAAGCGUCAGCGUCGCCUAAGCAUCCACAUACGCCGCCGUCAGCCGAUUUGUACCACGGGGUUUUCGGUGCGAAUUUUGCCGCUCUCGAGUCGCCUUCGCGCAAGAGCAGAGACGACAAUUUGUUCCGCAUCGUGCGGCACCCCAUGUCCCCGCCAGAGCCGCAUGCACGCGUGCAGCCACGCAUGCCUGCUUCGCGCACUUUUACACGCGGCAAUGCGAGCGACUGGCUGAAUCGGAUAGCGUCUUCGCCGCAACUCGGCUCGCCGCAGCGCGCUGGCGCAACAACCGAUCUGCACAACUAUCCACCGCCAGAAGUGCUGCGCUACGAGCGCCAGGCUGCGUGCUUGCAAUCACCGGUCAAACGCCCGCGUAUCCAUGCGGCUUUUCACGAGCCACCCGCGUUUUGUUUUCCCGCGCAUGGCGCGUCUGGGAGCAGCCCGCAGCUGCGCUUGCCGAAUGGACACGUCGCCUCUUCGCUUGCGCAGGAUCUGGGGCUCUGUGAAGGCAGUCCGCAUGUGCGGCACCGCGGGCCUGUGCAUUCACAUGCGCGCAAUGCGUCACUCUCUUCUUUGAGCGAUGCGCGCCACGAGACGGGCUUGGUGCCGAUCCCUAACACUCCUGAUACAUUGCGCACUGCGCACGAUACGAGGCCCUGGCACAGCCGCAACUGGAGCAUGGACUCGGUCCCCUUGCGUCCGUUGCACGCACCGCCGCGCCGGCGUCUCGCGCCCCCGCCGCAAAGCCUGCCUGCGCCGCGUCACGCCUAUUUGGACAACUCUGCGCUAAGUUCGCGCAGCUGGGGCAGGGAAACAAUUUCCCGUGCGCACCGGCGCUCUGUUUCACACAGCAUGGUCGAGACCAUGACGCCCGUUCCCGUCUCGCGUGAUCGGAGUGGACUUAUCACUACUCCGCCCGGCGCCUUGACGUCACCAGUAUACCCCGACACGCCCAAGACAAUGGGAUGUCAUUUUCCCUCUGGCGAGUUUCUCAAUACGAGUCCCACUCCACAGCCGCGUCAGCGAGCGCCCAAAGGCGCACGCCCGCAACGCGCGACCUUAGCGGCGAAGCCUGGCCAUGCGCGGGUCCAGUCAGAUGAUCUACGCUCCUAA